AUGGAGCAUACAGAGAUCCCUGCCACGCAGCCAGUCCGUGAAGGCGGCCCGCCUAUCCAGCGAUCCUCCACUGCGAGUACCCUCCACCAUAACGAAUUUGAUGAUUCAUUCAGAUCAAGACUACGAUCCUUCUUCCGUCGAGACAGUCAUAUCGGUCAUGUCAGUCAACAUCCGCUGCGUGGGAGCCAAGACAUCGAGAUCCAUACCUGGUCAGGACCCGACGACCCGGAUAAUCCGUCAGUUGAGAGAUCAAUCGACCAGUGGGCACAUGCUGAUCAAUGCAGAUUCAAUUGGAGCAAAACAUACAAAUGGGUCUUGACCCUGACCGUCUGCUUCAUCUCCAUCCUGACGGGUCUACCGGCUGGGUCCUAUGGCGCAGGGAACGACUACAUGGCAAAGCUGUUCCACGUACAGAACGAGCCGUUUCCCAAUCUCGCCUGGGCCACAACCUCGUGGAACAUGGGCGCUGCCUUUUGGCCGCUGAUCUUUGUGCCCCUGACCGAGUCUUCGGGGCGAAUGCCCGGCUACUUCGUGGCUUAUUUCAUUCUGGUGGUCUCCUUGUUCCCUUCCGCUUUUGCGCAGAACUUUGCCACGCUGGUGGUGACCCGAUUCUUCGGCGGCGGGGCCUCCUCGGUGUCGAUCAACAUUGUCGGUGGGAGUAUCAGUGAUGUUUGGUAUGGCGACAAAGCCCGCAGCUUACCCAUGUCGCUGUUUGGAUUCACUAGUGUGGUUGGAAUCGCGCUGGGUCCCUUCAUCGGAGCGGCCAUUCAGCAGAUCCACAAGGACAGUCCAUGGAGAUGGAUCUUCUAUAUUCAAAUUAUCUAUAAUGCAGCCUUGAUCCCGGUCUUCUGGCUGAUCCUUCGCGAGACUCGCGCCGAUGUGAUCCUGAAAAAGCGCGCCAAGAAACUCCGAAAGGAAACCGGUCGUGAGAUCUACGCAGAAGCCGAUUUGAACACAACGAGCGUCUGGAAACUGAUGCAGGUCUCCUUCGAGCGCCCCACACGCAUGUUAGUGACUGAGCCUGUAGUCAUUUUCUUCACAUUGUGGGUGAGCUUCGCCUGGGGAAUUCUAUUCCUUUUCUUCUCGAGUGUAGCGCAGACCUUCAGUGCCAAUUAUGGCUGGGGCACAUUCCAGACCGGCUUGGUGCAAUUGGCGAUCUCCGUGGGCGCAGUCAUUGGGACUAUCUUCAACCCCAUCCAAGACUGGAUCUACCUCAACUCCGCGCGGAGAAACCGCGAACGUCCCGGGAAGGCGAUUCCAGAAGCCCGCUUAUACACCUCCAUCCCAGGAAGUCUCUUGUUUGCCGCAGGGCUUUUCUGGUAUGGUUGGGGAAGUGUCGGGAACGGAUCAGUCCACUGGAUUGUCCCGACGCUGGGAAUUGGCUGUACUGGAGUGGGGAUCUACUCCAUCUACAUGGCAGUGGUCAAUUAUCUAACGGACGCUUAUGAAAAAUAUGCCGCGUCCGCAUUGUCUGCAGCCUCGCUGGGUCGCAAUACCUUUGGUGCCUUCCUUCCUCUCGCGUCGUUUGAAUUGUUCGAUACGCUGGGAUAUGGCUGGGCGGGCUCUUUGCUUGGAUUUGUUGGAAUUGCUCUGUCGGUAGUGCCUGUGGUGCUUGUACUCAAAGGGCCCGAGAUUCGCCGUCGGAGUCCAUUCAUGCGCGAGUCGAUGUUCGAACCGGGCGAUGACGCGGAGAAGGAUCAAGCGUCGGAGAAGACGGAAGUCUGA